AUGUAUUUGUCCUCGGCCAUCGGGGCGCUGGGCCUCGUGGCCCCCGUUGUCCUCGCAGCUCCGUCUCCGCCACUGGUUGAGAAGCGGGCCUGCACAUUCGACUCGUUGGCCAACCCGACUUGCUGGGACGGAACCUUUGACCUCAACACAAACUACUACGACAGCUGGCCGAGCGUUGGCGGGCACCAGGAGUACACAUUCCACAUAACAAACAUCACCAUGGCCCCGGACGGCAUCAACCGGACAGUGCUUGCCAUCAACGGGCAAGUUCCUGGGCCCACAAUCUUCGCCAACUGGGGCGAUACCGUCACGGUGACUGUCAUCAACGAGCUGGAGGAUGCCGGGACAAGCAUCCAUUUUCAUGGCGUCCGACAAAAGGAUACUAACACUCAGGACGGCGCCGUAUCCAUCACCCAAUGCCCCAUUCCAGGAGGCAAAACCAGCAUGACCUAUAAGUGGACCGCAACCCAGUAUGGAACGUCGUGGUAUCAUGGGCACUAUGGGCUUCAAGCAUGGGAUGGCCUGUUUGGCCCAAUCGUUAUUGCAGGCCCGGCCUCGUCGGCAUACAAGAACGAUCUUGGAACUCUCAUGCUCUCGGACUGGACUCACAAGACUGCCGAGUCCCUAGAAAGCGACGCGGCCGUCAACGGCGGCGAAAAUAUAGACAACGGGCUCAUUAACGGCACAAACAUCUUCAUAGACCAAACUACGAAUGUCCAAACCGGCAAGCGCUUCGAAUUCGUCUUCCAGCCCAAUGAGAGUCACCGGAUCCGGUUGAUCAACACGGCCAUGGACCAACACUUCAAGGUCGCACUCGAUGGGCAUGAGAUGGAAGUCAUUGCGGCCGACUUUGUCCCCAUCAAGCCUUUCAAGACGAAAAUCUUGAACAUUGGAAUUGGACAGCGGUACGAUGUCAUCAUCACAGCCAACCAGACACCUGGAAAUUUCUGGCUUCGCGCCAAUGUUCAAACCAAUUGCGGCCAGCGUGCAGCUACCUUCAUAGAUGUAAGGGCUAUCGUGCGAUACAAUGCCCCUGGGGUCAAUGGCACGGCGGAUCCGCCCGAGGCAACCCCGCCAGCGUUCGACGUAGAUUGCACCGACAUGCCCAUGACAAACCUGGAGCCGUUCGUUGCGAUCAAUCUCAACAUCACCGGCAACUUGACGUUCGACCAGACUAUCAACUUCAAUCAAGACUUCAACAACCCCAACCCCGUCAUAAACUGGGAAAUCAAGGACGGGAUUCAUUUCUUGUCCCACUGGGAGAACCCAACUCUUCUUCAGCUGGCAGGCCCGGGAAACGUGACCUUUCCUGAUGAGCAACAGGUCCUCGAGGUCAAUGGGGUAGACAAGAUACAAUUCGUGCUGAUCCAAACCGACUCAGGCGGGGACCACCCGAUCCACCUGCACGGCCACGACUUCUGGAUCGUCGACCAGAGCAACACGACGAAGUUCGACCCCUCGACCUUCGUUCCCAACACGGUCAACCCGCCGCGGCGCGACGUCGCCCUGCUGAACGGGUCCGGCCACCUCGUCAUCGCCUUCAAGGCCGACAACCCCGGCGCCUGGCUCCUGCACUGCCACAUCGCCUGGCACGUCAACCGCGGCAUGGCGCUGACAUUCCUGGAGAACAGGGCCGACAUCUUCAAGCCGGGCGACUCGGAUGCGGUGGGCAAGAACUGCGACGCUUGGAAGGCAUUCGCAAAGGAUAAGGGUAUCAUCCAGACUGACACGGGAGUGUGA